CCGUCUCAGCCUUGCUGCAUAUUGACAAGGCACAGCCUCAAACUCGCCCACCAUGCCGCCCAAAAUGGACCCCAACGAGAUCAAAAUCAUCUACCUGAGAGCAACAGGUGGUGAAGUCGGUGCCUCAUCUGCACUGGCGCCCAAGAUCGGUCCCCUCGGUCUGGCACCCAAGAAAGUCGGUGAAGAUAUCGCGAAAGCGACGGGCGACUGGAAAGGACUGCGAGUGACCGUUCAGCUCACCAUUCAGAAUCGUCAAGCGGCCGUCUCUGUCGUUCCGUCUGCUUCUUCUCUCGUCAUCCGAGCUCUCAAGGAGCCACCUCGUGACCGCAAGAAGGAAAAGAACAUCAAGCACAGCGGUAACAUUGCAUUCGAGGAGAUCGUAGAGAUUGCAAGGAAGAUGCGCCACAAGUCUCUCGGCAACAACUUGGCCUCAACAGUCAAGGAGAUCCUCGGUACUGCUCAAUCUGUCGGCUGCACCAUCGACGGCAAACCACCGCAUGAUGUGAUUGACGAGGUCAACUCGGGAGAGAGGGAAGUACCGGACGAGUGAUGUCGCUCUCUGCAUUGCAUGUUGCAUUUCUCGCGGAAGAC